CUAAAUGGGCCGAAAGUAUAUGCAACAUGGAUCGUUGGGGGUAAUAUAGUCAGGAAAAAAGGUCGAGACCUAGGGUUUAAGCGCCGCUCGAUAUUACCAGAAGGGCUAUAAGCAUAUCAUUCGAGCUUCUCUUGAGUUCUGACGCAGUAGGCGGCGGUUCGAAGGAGCAAGAGAAGAUGCCGAAGCAAAUUCACGAUAUCAAGGAUUUCCUGCUUACUGCCAGAAGGAAGGAUGCACGAUCGGUCAGGAUCAAAAAGGGGAAAGAUGUGGUGAAGUUCAAGGUUCGGUGUUCCAAGUACCUUUACACCCUAUGUGUGUUUGAUUUGGAGAAAGCUGACAAGUUGAAGAAAUCUCUCCCUCCAGGUUUGAGUGUGCAAGAUCUGUGAAAGCGCUCCACUCUCUCGGAACAUCUGAAAGACCGUUUAUCGGGUUUCAUUACUUUGUUUUUGUGGACUUCCCAUCAACUACUAUUUGAUAUUUUGCUACAUUUAACGUUUGGUGUUUGUUUGUAACACUCGUAGUUGAAAUGAUAAGCGACCCUUUCUUGUUAUAAUUUCUAGUCUUUUUAUACUUUUGGGCGUAUUAGGGACUUGUAAUGGGUGAAAGCUAGGUAACCAUAUGCUCUUUUCAAGAUUAAUCGUUUGGCACACUUGUGAUGGCCUUACUAGCGAUUACCAGUCUUUGUCAGUCU